GUGGCCACACUCAACAUGGCGGCCACGCUACGUCACUUCCUGAUUACGGAAGCUGCCGAGUUCAGACAUGUUUAACAAGUAUGGCGGCUGAAUCCGAGUCAGAGCUCCCGAAACUAUCGGAGCUAUUGGAAAAAGGAUGGCAGAUACUAGAGGAAGUAGAAGUCGGCAGCCAGCCGGCCGGGGCCAAGGAGGUGCAGGACAAGGUGAAGCGAGGGCUGGGGAUGCUGGAGGAGGCCACCCGGAUGGUCAGUCAGCUGCAGCUCUUUAGCUCUAAUGAGGACCUGGAUGAGAUUUCCUCUACAGAUAUUCGGUAUCUUCUGCUGCCUGCUCUCCUUGGGGCACUGACUCUCAAGCAGGUGGAUCUCAGUCACAGACUACAGCACCUUGAGGCCGCCCGCUUAUAUUUUCUAGACUUCCUGAAAAGGUGCCAUGACUACAAAGUUUCCAGUUUCAACCUUCCUGGACAGGAAGAUGCAGCACGAGAAGAUGAUGAACCAGUACAAAAUACUCGUGCUGGAGUACCACCCAAUCUGACUGCCAUGGCAAUACAGAGGCAGGCAAAGAUUCAAAGGUAUAAGCAAAAAAAGGAACUUGAGAACAAGCUGACCAACUUGAAGGCAUCAGUGAAAAGUGGCACAGCAGAGGAAGAGCAAGUGAGAGAAUAUUACCUACUGCAGCUCCAGCACUGGGUGUGCAUUACCCUUGAGGAGGUGGAGAGUAUUGACCAAGAGCUGCCAAUGGUAAAAGCAAGGGCAAUGAUGAAGGGAGCUGAGGUCGCUCGACCUCCACGGCCAACAAGACCGCCUAUGAAACCAUUUAUCUUAACUCGAGAUGCCCUCCAAGCAAAGGUCUUUGGAGCAGGAUAUCCUAGUCUUGCCACCAUGACUGUUGAUGACUGGUAUGAGCAGCAUUGCAGUAAAGGAGUCCUUCCAGACCAGGGUGUGACCAGCAAACCAAUAGAUGAGGAGCAGGAGGCAGUUGAACGGGAGCGUAAAGAAGAACAGGAUGAUCCAGACACUGUACAAAAGGCUCGGAACUGGGAUGACUGGAAAGAUACCCAUCCUCGGGGAUAUGGAAACCGCAAGAACAUGGGCUAAGAUUAAUGCUGGUCUAGUUUUAAGGGACUCCCUUUAAAAGUGUAUAGUAUAAUGAAUUGGUUAAAUAAGACUGUAGUGUGCUGGGGAGACCACACCUUCUGACAAUUUGGGUGCCUUUGCUCUCAAAGUAGCCAAACCCAUUACCCAAAAGUUAAUGUAUACUAGUAUUACUUUCUUAUUGUUGUUGUUUUUUAUUUUAUUUAAUAAAUGUUGUGUUUGGUGAUGGCGAUCAAUGAUAA